AUGGCGUCUCGCAUAAUCCGGAAUGGUUUUCGUCAGUCAAGUCGACAAUUCGCCUUUAGCGCGCCUAGUUUAGGAAGAUUCCGUUCGAAUCCCCCAGCACCGGUGUUGCGUGAGAUCGGGCGGAUGCUGAAACGUACAACCGCUGAAGAAGGAGGACUCUAUAAAGUCGGACAGUUGUUCAUCCAUCGUGCAUUUGCCUACCGUGGAAUCAUUGUAUUGGCUAGUGAAUGUCCAAUGGAAGUGAAUGACCGAUCAGGAAGGCGCGGUCACACUGAGCCUUUCUACCAGGUGUUGAUACAUCGUGGCGAUUGGGAACAUAUGGGUUUCCCGAUAAACAUCACUUCUUAUCUUGGAGAGGGUGGAUCGCGUCAAGAGAAGAUCCUGACUGUCAUACAUGGGAUGGAUUGCGUUCGGCACGCUGAUUUGCUACCACUCGUUGCAACCGAUCCGCGGCCGAUAGAGCACGAUCUCUUCGACAGGAUCUUUGAAUGUAAACGUGAUCCGGAGGCUAAACAAGAUGAAUACAAGUUUGCGUUGCAUCCGGAACUAGAGAAGCAUGCCAUCAUGAACAAAGACAACAAAUGGCUGGCGCCGUGUCAAGCAUACAUUGAGAAGACGGAGAAUAUCGAAGUGAUGGUGAUCACGUUUUAUCUCGGAACGACUAUGGUUGGCGGUCAUAUUAAGCACUUGUGGCGUUACGUGAAUCGCAUAACAAAUACGACGCCGAAAUCUCCUGUGAUACUGCGUGAACGGAGCGUCAAGGUGUUUUCAUUGAACAACAUGCACCACCUGAAUGGAAUAGGUGUUGUGGGAACGCCUGAACUUGGGAUGAAUCGACCUUCCUUCCAAUUCAGCAGCACCGUGGAAUUCCCGCAUUCCAAGGGAGGACAUCUUUGGGGUCGUUUUAAAAUGGAACGUGAGGAUCGUUCGGUCUUUGAUGUGGCUAUACCGUCGGUCCUCCUCGAUAGUGAAGCACGUCUUCCCGAACCACGAAUCGUCACUGAAGAAGAUACC